AUGGCAACUUCAUUUCGAAUGGUCUCGCAACUAGGCUUGAGAACAAGCGCAAAGUUUGCUCUCAGAACUCGCAUCGCAAACCUCAGCACCGGUCGAGUGGCCCUUAUUCAAGCAUCAAAUGUCAACCAAAGUGCUGCUGCAGCUGUCGAACAUAAAUCAAAAGUAGAAGGCUCAUAUCAUUGGGAUCUCGAACGUGCAUUAUCUCUUGUAUCGGUCCCAUUAAUCGGUGGGGCAUUCAUCAUGGGUCCUGUCCCAAUGAUAGACUUGGCCUUGGGUGUAGUCAUCCCUCUCCAUUGUCACAUUGGAUUCGAAGCAAUAAUCCAAGAUUACUUGCCUAAACGUAAAUUUGCCGUCAUCUACCCAGUCACUAUCUGGUUUACCCGAUUGGCCUCUGCCUUGGUCUUGUAUGGAGUCUACCAGUUCAACACUAAUGAUGUUGGAUUGACUGCUCUCAUGAAACGUAUAUGGACUGGAAAGACCGCCAAGAUCGAAUAA